UCUGUUCUCUUACUUUCUCUUUAACUACACUCACCAAAUUGUAAGACAUUAUAUAAUGACAAGGACAGAAGACGAGGAAUUAACGUUGGAACUGAUAAGCCAACACCUCCUCGGAGACUUCACUUCUACUGAGUCCUUCGUCAACAGCCUUAGCCUUCAUCAUGACUUCUCUUUCUCCACUCUUCCCGACGAUUCCCAGCCCGUAAUUUUAACCUCUGAUCAGAAACCCAACCAUUUUAAUCUUGACAAUAAUUUUUCCGAGUUUGAGACUAAGCCCAAUAUCAUUCGAUGCCCAACAUCGGUUACCACUUCUGUUGUUUCCAACACAAGAAUAUUUGAUGAUUCAAGUUUGAACAGAACGGAUAAAAAAGUGGACGGGUCGGAUUACGGGUCUUCAGUGGUGGAGAAUGGAAAGAAGAAGCACUACAGAGGGGUUAGGAGGCGACCGUGGGGAAAAUAUGCGGCGGAGAUAAGAGACCCGACCCGAAAAGGUUCGCGGGUCUGGCUUGGAACUUACGAGACCGACGUGGACGCUGCGAGAGCUUAUGAUUGUGCAGCUUUUAAGAUGAGGGGAAGAAAAGCCAUUUUGAAUUUUCCAUUCGAUGCCGGAAAUUUAAGUCCGCCGGCGAACAUUGGCCGGAAGAGGACAAAAAGGAUAGGCCAUAAGUAAGGGUGUAUAUAAUUCAGCUUAAAGGAAUUUUUUAUUAAAUAAAACUAAAUCAAUUAUGGUUAUUAAAUUAAUAAAAUUUAACCAAACCGAAUAUAGUUGGUUUUUCUGUUCAUAUUUUGUCGGUUUUUUCCUUUUCCAUUUUUUUUUUCCUUCACUUUGUUUCUUUUUUUCCUUGUACAAGUGUAUAUUAUAAUUAGGAGUAUUCAAAUCGAACCAAUAAAUGACAUCAAACCAAAUCGAUUAGGUUUGGUUUGUUAUUGAGUUAAGAGAAUCCGAACCAAUCCUAUAUAUUCAUAUAGAAUUUUCUUUAAAAAUA